CACACAGAACCGUAGCUCAUCAGAUUCUGAUCUGCAGUGUCGAACGAAACGUGUUGCAAGUGCAAAUACCCUUUUUUACCCGCUCCAGUAGUGCUCUACUCCAAAGAUAUCACACCACUUAGUGCAAUCAUGAAGUGCAUCAUAGUUCUUGUCCUAGCCGCAACCGCGCUUAUUGCUGACGGUUCUGUGAUCCCGAUUGCUCUGGCACCGGGAUAUGCGAUUGCUGCACCAGCCGGUCUAGCCAUUCCCGGUGCAACUGUCAUCCAGUCCAAUCCCGCUCCUACGAUCGUUCAUGCCCUGCCGGCACCGAUCGCCGUAGAUGUGUCCGGUACUCCGACGUUGCUCCUAGCGCCAUCACCGGCCGGGCCGGCUAUUGUUGCCGUUGCUCCAGCUCCUGCUGCCACGGCUGUUUCGGCAACACGUGGGGCCGUCCAUGUUGCUCCACUGCCAGGACAUUCCGUGUCGCAGACGCAACUGAAUCUAGCCGCAGCACCAGGAACUGAGUAACGCACCAAACCCAUCCGCUCUCUAGCCAAUCUUCAAUGAGUGUGUUCUGAGGAAUCGCCGUUCCAAGGCAUGACUGCUUAGUCAAUUUUUUUUUCGUCCAAAUUCUGACAUGUCUUGGGAACGGGGAUUCCUUACCGAAAAUAAACCUCUGCCCACCCGAUAUGCUUUAUCUAUUUUAACUUGUGCACACAAAUAAAUGCAAGAUUCAUGCAACUUGA